CAAAUGGUAAUGUGCUCAAAAUUUGAAUACACAAUUCAGAUUUCAAUCAAACAUUCAAUCUCUGUUCCUGAAGUUUGUAACCUAAAGUUCAACUGCUACUUUUUGUAACCAAAAAUUCACACUUCUUGCUCAAAAAAGUAAGCAAAAGCAUCGUUGAUUCUUUCAUCAAUUUAUAGUGAUUUUGACAUAUCUCAGUUCUGAAUUUUUUUGUAAGCUUCCCCGGUUAAGAAUUAAUUUUCAGGAGUUUUCUUCAAAACGCAUGUCGUUUGUUAGCCCAACUAUGCUCGGUUAUGUUCGGAAAAGAAGCGAGCCCUUAAUCUCGACUCCUGCCAAUAUUUCAUCCUCUGCAUCGGCUAACAUGAAGGAGACACUUCCCGAAGCAGGCACUGUUGAAAUGACUGAGGCAUUUCACGCGGCGAUGGCGGCUCUGGAACAGGACAACAGCAGUUCCAAGGAGAUCCAACAGUUGGAACUGAGGAUGAAGCGAGAGAUCAUGCGCUUGGAGAAAGAGGUUGAGAGGGCUGAACAACUGUACAACAGACACAGGCAGAAGAUGGCACAAAGACAACAGAGUUUGAACCAGGCGGAAAACAAUUGAAGACUUGUGAAUAAUAAAAAACUUUUGUGUUUCAAAACAAAUGAUUAACAAUUGAUUUUUUGUUAUGGCGUUACUACGACUAAAUCACAAACUCUAGAAAAAACAUAGCUAAAACAAAACUUUGUGCUAGAAUAGAAAAAAAAACAUUCACCGAAAUUUUGGGAAACUUAAAGUUAUUCCCUUCAUAAUAGAUUUGAAGCCUCACUUGAAUUAGUCGCAUCUAUUUUACUCGAGCUACUGUUGUAUAGAACCCCAAACCCCGUCCUUGUUGAAAAGUUACUUAAGUAACGAAGAAAUAUAUUAAAUAUACCCAACAGACAGUUGGAAACGAGUCAA